AUAUUUAUGAUUUUAAUAAUAUUUUCCAAUUGUAAAAUACAAAUUUCAAUAAAAUGUGCUUCAAAUAAAAAUGACAUAAAAGUGACAUACAAUGGUGAUGAUAAAAAAAUAAUAACAAAUACGGAGGUAAAUUUAUUUAAUAUAACAAAUUAUAAUCUUAAUAAAGGUGUUAGAAUUGAACUCGGUAAAGAACCGGAUGAUAUUUUCAUAAACGAUCCAACAAAAUAUGGAAAUUUAUACGAAAAAUAUAAUUGGACGCCUGUGAAAAGAAAAUUGCAAGUUAAAAAUAUAAAAAUCAUUGAAAUUAUCACAGAUAAUAUAAUUAUAAAGAAUCAAGAAUGUAUAAAUAAUACAACACGAAAUAUUAAAAAAAACAUAUCUAUUUACGAAAUAAUAGAAGAUACAGUUAGAUCUUUUUGGUAUAAAAAUGGAUUACCAGAAGAAUCUAUUUUGUAUAACAUGAGUUAUAAUUUUCACGGACAAAUAAAAUCAUUUGAAAAUCAAUGGAGAAAAAACAAUUUUCACAGUGUGUCACUACCAUUUGGGAUAAAAAAGGAUGGUUAUAUAAAUAUCAAACCAGGAGGUAAAGCAACUAUUAGACUCAAAGGGAAGAAAAUGAUUAUUCUUAUAGAAGUUCUUUACUUGGCUAAUUUAAUUGGAAACGUUGUUGUAAAUUAUGCACAUCUGUAUGGAAAAUAUCAUUUUUGGGCACCAACUGUUAAUGAUAUAAUGAAAGCUAAUAAUAUAACGAAUAGAAUAUUAACAACAGAGUUACUUGAAAUACGUUGUUACUCAGAUCCUAUUAUUGAAAUAUUUGAUAUGACCUACAAAUCGUAG